ACCAACAUGUACAGCACCGAGAAACUGAAAGUGCUACUCCUGUGCAGCCUGGCUUUAAUGGCCGUGGCCGAGGAGACGAAGAAGAGUGAGUCUAACAUCGAAAAAAAGGAUGAAAAAACGAAGCGUGGCCUAGAACUGAGCCUGGGUAGUCACGGUUUAGGGGGAGGUUUUGGCGGAGGUCAUGGCAUCGGAGGAGGUGGCAUCGGAGGAGGUGGCUUCGGAGGAGGUGGUUUUGGUGGUGGUGGCUUCGGAGGAGGUGAACAGAUCUCGACCGAACAUAUUCCGGCGGUGACAAUAACGAAACAAGUACCUGUCCCUGCACCGUAUCCAGUCGAGGUCGAAAAACAUGUACCUUAUCCGGUAAAAGUACCGGUUAAGGUACCCAUCGAUAGACCGGUUCCCGUACACGUGCCAGCACCUUAUCCGGUAACGGUCGAGAAGCACGUGCCUUAUCCAGUGGAUAAGCCAGUACCUUAUCCCAUCAAGGUACCAGUCAAGGUGCCCGUCAAAGUGCCGUAUCCGGUCAAGGUGCCUGUCAAGGUUCCUUACACUGUGACAAAACCCGUACCUUAUCCCAUUAAAGUCCCAGUCGUCGUAAAAGAACCUUAUCCCGUCGUACUCGAGGAUCAUCACGGAGGUGGCGGUUUCGGCGGUGGAUUUGGCGACGGUGGUUACGGUGGUGGACACGAGCUCGAACUCGGUGGCUACGGUCAUCACUGAGAUCGGGCUGUGAUAUAGCACAACGACCAACAGG